CAGGCUUCAGUACAGAACAAAUCACAUCACACUUAGGGAAGGAUCAGUAGCAUGUCACUCUCCAACCUGCUGUGGGCACUCAUAGCCUUCACCUGCCUUGAACCGGGCAUGGCACCAAGCGUCACUCAAACCCCACCAGUGAUAUAUGUACAGGAGGGGAAGGCUGUGAUUCUCAACUGCACUUACUCCACUGGUGACACUAAUUAUUAUUUGUUCUGGUACAAGCAGCUUCCUAGUGGGGAGAUGAUUUUCCUUAUACGUCAGGAUUCUUACAGCCAACAGAAUGCAAAUGAGGACCGAUAUUCUGUGAACUUCCAGAAAGCAAGCAACUCUAUCAGUCUCAUGAUCUCUGCCUCACAACUGGGGGACUCCUCAGUGUAUUUCUGUGCUCUGAGAGAUGUCUCUGGCGACCAGAGACUUUUUUGGGGUUCUGGAACAAGUCUAACUGUCAUUCCAAAUAUCACGGACCCUCAGCCAGCUCUGUACCAACUAACAAGCCCCAAGUCAAGUGACACUUCAGUCUGCCUCCUGACAGACUUUGAUUCUUCUAAUAAGUAUGCAAAUAGUAACGACUCAACAGUGCUGGAGAUGAUGACAAUGGAAUCUAAGAGCUAUGGAGCAGUGAUUUGGGGUAGUAAAUCAAGCUUCAAUUGCACAAAUGCAUUCCAGCAAAACAUCGUCAAUUUGACUCAACCAUCAGGUUCCACAUGCAAAGUCAAGGAUGUAAAGCAAAGCUUUGAAACAGAUAAAGAUUUGAACUUGAUGAACAUGUUUCUGAUUUUUCUCCGUGUCAUCUUCCUGAAGACUGCGGGAUUUAACCUGCUCAUGACACUUCGUCUGUGGUCAAACUAAAGUCUGACAAGAAAGUGGACUUCAAACUUCUAGCUCCUUUUUUCUUCAGCUGCCCCUCUCCUUUAGCAUGAAAUGGAAAUAUCUGCCAAGACCCUGAUGAAUGAGUAUAUACAUAGACUCUCUAGGCCAACAGGAGAUACCAUAGACUGGAUCCUACCAUGUAUUUGGGAUACCAAAGUGGAAAAAUCUUUCCAAAUGCCAACCCAACCUUUUCAGUUCCUUCAUUGCUGUUUUUAACCUCUGUCAUUUAAUGGAGAUGGUAAAGGCAUGACCAAAGACUUUUCUGACCAUGAAGAAAUGCUACACCUGCAUCUUCAACCCUCUUGAGAAACUUCCAGAAGAGUGGAGGAAAGAACAUUGUAGGUUCCUAAAGGUCCCUUAGAAUCUCCAAAACCCUUUAACUCCUUGGAAAAACUGCCCUCUGACUCCUCCUGCUUCCCUUCUCUACCCCUGCCCUGCAUAUAAGUGAGGAUUGUAAGAAGUUUUUAUUUUUUUAAUAGAGUUCAUUUAAAAAUCCAUUUAAUUCUUUCUAUUCUUAUGGAAGAGAUUAUAUAAUUGGAUAAGACUAACUUUACCAUGUAUCUGAGCUGCAUUGUAUUCUGCCACCUAGCCAGGUUGAUAGACUUUAUUAAAGGUGCUUUUGGAAAAGCAAA